AAUGUUGCGGGUCAUUUGAUAAACGUCGUCUUUCUUUUGGCUUUAGCUUAAAAAAAGAGUCUGCUUUUAGGAUUUUAGAGUGUUUGAAUUUGGGUUCAAAGAUCGUCAAAAUGAUUGCGGUAAUUGCAACUAUUCUUGUAUUUGUUGGCUGCUGUUCGAAUGUGAUAUUCUUGGAGUUAAUCGUAAGUGAGUUUCCAGGGAGUGGGAACUUGUUCACAUUUGCACAGUUUUUACUCAUCUCCGUUGAAGGCUUCAUCUUUACAACACAAUUUGGCACAAAGGCACCUGUUAUCCCCAUAAAAAAUUAUUUUGUACUAGUGUUCUUCUUCUUCACAACAAGUAUUGUAAACAACUAUGCUCUCAACUUCCAUAUACCACUACCUCUUCAUAUGAUAUUCAGAAGUGGGUCUCUAGUGGCGAAUAUGGCCCUUGGAAUCAUCCUUCUUCAGAAGAAAUAUGAAGUUCAUAAGUACAUUUCAGUUUUUAUGAUCACCAUCGGAAUAUUUAUCUGUACGCUCAUGUCUGCUCAGUCAGUGGGUGAAAAACAUGCCAGUGAUUCAGAGAGUGGUCAUCAAACAACAUCAUAUGACAUCUUGAUGUGGAUUAUAGGUCUAUGUAUGUUGACAUUUGCCCUUUUCAUGUCUGCUCGGAUGGGUAUCUACCAAGAAGUACUCUAUGCAAAGUUUGGGAAGCAUCCGAGAGAAGCGUUAUUUUAUUCACAUGCACUGCCUCUAAUAGGUUUCACUCUACUGGGGAAAGAUAUUUACAAUCAAGCACUUUUAUUCUCAACAUCUGAACCAAUGACAAUACCGAUGUUAGAGGCUUCUGUACCCAAGAUGUGGAUUUACAUGGCGGGCAGUGUGAUAACACAGUAUGUCUGCAUCCGUGGUGUCUUCAUCUUGACCACAGAGUGUCCGUCCCUCAUCGUCACUCUCAUCGUUACACUCAGGAAGUUCUUCAGUUUAGUCUUCUCCAUCUUGUACUUCCGCAACCCUUUUACCGUGUACCACUGGUUGGGCACAGCGUUCGUCUUCACAGGAAUCUUCCUGUUCACCGGCGUGUUCCACAAGAUGAGAGAUUUUCUUGUACCCCCGAGCAAGACUAAGAAAGUGGAAUAAAAUAAAAAACGGUUGACUUUGUGAAAGGGACACAUUGCCUUGGAUCGGGUGAGUUGGUACAU